UAUGUACUUAGCGAAGCUUGCAUUCGACGUUACUCGCCCGUCGUCUCUCGGCCAUUUUUGAAUAGUACAAAUCUCGUCGUUGUCCUCCUUACUUCACACAGAGUUCACACUCCAACUGUCUCUCUCUCUCUCUCUCACAAUUUCGAACCCGCUCGCUUCACGGCUUCCUUUCCUCCUGAUGUCUUACGACUACCUCUUCAAGUAUAUCAUUAUCGGCGACACAGGUGUUGGCAAAUCAUGCCUCCUCCUGCAGUUCACCGACAAGAGGUUCCAGCCGGUUCAUGAUCUCACUAUUGGUGUUGAGUUCGGCGCUCGUUUGGUCACCAUCGAUGGCCGACCCAUUAAGCUCCAGAUUUGGGACACUGCCGGGCAAGAAUCAUUUAGAUCCAUCACUAGAUCUUAUUACAGAGGAGCAGCAGGAGCACUCCUAGUUUAUGACAUCACAAGGAGAGAGACAUUCAAUCAUUUAGCAAGUUGGCUGGAAGAUGCUCGGCAGCAUGCCAGUCCUACCAUGACUAUCACGCUCAUAGGGAACAAGGGUGAUCUGUCUCACCGAAGGGCUGUGAGCAAAGAGGAGGGGGAGCAAUUUGCAAAGGAAAAUGGGCUUUUAUUCUUGGAGACUUCUGCAAGGACAGCCCAACAUGUUGAAGAGGCUUUUAUAAAAACUGCUGCUAAGAUUCUUCAGAAAAUUCAGGAAGGUGUCUUUGAUGUCUCCAACGAGUCAUCUGGCAUAAAGGUUGGCUAUGGACGUCCUCAGGGUCCGUCAGGCGCUAGAGAUGGAACAGUCAGUCAUUCAGGUGGCUGUUGCAACUGACUGGGAGGAAACAUUCACUUGACUGCGUCCUUUUGUACAUCCUUUUCUCCCAUUCUCUGCCAUCCACUGUAUAGAUCCUAUCUCAACAGUAAUACUGGGACAGUUUUGACUCCAUAUUUGCUUGACUGUAACAUUAGGUGGAGACCAUCGUGAAUUGAUAUCUGUUCAAUGCCCGCAUUUUUACUUGCU